AUGGCCUCGCUACUUUCUGUCGGUCAAAAAAUUCGGGGCCGCAUAUCGACGUACUCCAUUGUUCAAGAGCUUCAUCGCGCAGCAGAUCAAGGGGCUGUGUAUCUAGGAGCAAACGAAAAUGGGGCAAAAUGCAUCGUCAAGAGCAUUCGGGGCCACUGGCGUCUUGAAAACGAGGCCUCUGUUCUACGCAAGUAUCAGGCUAUGAGUCCCCUGUUUCGCCCACUCGAGGAUGAGAUUUUGGACCCAGUCGACCCGCCAUCCAUCGUCUUGAAGUAUCUUGAUAGCGACCUCCGGGCCGAGUCGAAUCGACAAAGACUGUCCCGGCCUGACAUCAAGAAGGUGGCCAAGUCGGUACUGGAAGCUCUGCGCAUCCUGCACCAGGACGGCAUGGUCCACACCGAUAUUAAACUGGACAACAUAUUUGUGAACCUUGGCCAGAAGAAUGGCGACUCUGAGCGGUUUACCGCCAUCCAGCUUGGGGAUUGCGGCGGCGUAGUCUCCAAGGACUCCAAGUUUGCCUCAGAGCCGGGCCACCUCAUUGGCGCGAGUUUCACCCGCAGCCCAGAAGCUCAGCUUGGCCUUCCAUGGGGAACCGCAACGGACAUUUGGUCCUUUGGAAACGCCAUCCUCACCCUACUGUACGGGGGAGGAUUCCAUCUCUUCAACCCAGCAAACGAGGGCUACAAACCCGAGGACGAGCUCUUUGAGCUGGUGGUACUGUCCCGCAUGCACCGCUACUUCGGUCCUUUCCCGGAGUCCUUCCAGGAGAUCGCCGACGACAACGCCGCGGGCAUCGUCGACUUCAUCCACAGCAUGGGACCCCCGACGAAGCCCUUUGCUCGGGUGACGCGCCGGGAGAUACCGCCCGCCGACCGGGACUUCAUCCUCAAGAUCAUGAAGUUGGACUACCGCGAUCGUCCCACCGCGGAACAACUCCUGGAAGACGAGUGGUUCAGCGAGAGCUCCGAAGAUACUCGGGAGCCGCUGUCUUCUGCACAACAAGACCGUUCAACUUUCAAAGAAAAGGUUGUAGAAUGA